UGCUUUAUCUGUGUAACAGCACAAACACACACAUCCAUGAAUUGUGUGUGUUUGUGUGUGAGCACGUUGCAAACCACGUUAAGGCGCACAAGAAAGCGUUGGAUCAGUGAAAACACGCGGUCGAGCACCUCCAUUUUUUUUUUUUGCCUUCCUUUCUGAUCUUUGAACCUCUUGAUAGAUGAUCUGAUCUCAGCAGCAGCAGCAGCAGCAGAAAUACCGAAAGGGUUAAAAAGGAAUCAAGCUGCACUAUUUAAAAGGACAAAAUCCGGUUGGUGCGCUCAGACUGUGCCAUGGAUGAGACGCUGCGCUGCGCUCGGAUAUCUUGAUUUUGAGAGGAAAUGCUUUGAGAAGAACAGAAGAAGAAGAACGUUUAUUUACCAGAGGAACCUUUAAAAGUCAACAUGUUUCACUUGAGAUGUUUUAUUAUUUGGGCUUUUAUUGCAACGUGCCAGAGCUUAGAUGCGAUCGCGCCCGAUGGACAGGACUUUUUGGAGAAUAUUUUGCACUAUUAUGGAGAAAAUAAAUCCAUUAGCACAGACAACCUGUCUGAUUUACUGCAGCUGAUCUCAGCCAGAAGAUCUGACUUAAUAACUGUGGAAAAUCCGCUGGAAAACCAGGAGUGUCCCUCGGCAGAGCAGAUCUUGUCCAUCUUUGGCUUCGGUAACGUCAGUCAGCUGACUGUGGGACAUCUGGGGACUAUCUGCCCCGCCGUGUUGACCCAGGUGCUGCUGCCCUCCUGCCCCUACACCGCCCCCACGGCCGGCCUGCCUGUCGGCUACUCUGUUUGGGGUUAUGGCUUUCUGGCCGUCACUGUGAUCAACCUUUCGUCUCUGCUCGGCCUCCUGCUGAUCCCCUUCACCAAGAAGCCUUAUUUCCCCAAAGUGCUGACCUACUUCAUCGGCCUCGCCAUCGGGACGCUCUUCUCCAACGCUGUGCUGCAACUCAUACCAGAGGCUCUGGGGUUCGAUCCUAAAGCUGAUAACUACGUGGAGAAGGCGGUCGGGAUAUUUGGAGGCUUUUACCUGCUGUUCUUCAUGGAAAGGAUCCUGAAAAUGUGUCUGCGGUUGGAGCACGAGCAUGGCCACAGCCACUUCGCUCCUGCAGAGCCAGCUCAAGAAAACUCUGCCCACAACGGAGACAUACUGGGGAAAAAGGAUUCUAUAAUUCUGACCAGCAUCAGCACCAUUGCUACUGACAAGAGCAGCCCGAAGCCGGAGGCUCAGCACGCAAAUACGACGCCUUCUCAGGACGACCAGGUGGUGAUGUGUCACUGGCUGCGAGGGCAACGCAUCACCAACAUCAAGACGGUGGCCUGGAUGGUAACGCUGAGCGACGCGCUGCACAACUUCAUCGACGGUUUGGCCAUCGGAGCUUCGUUCACGGUGUCCGUCCUGACCGGCUUCAGCACCUCCACCGCCAUCGUGUGCGAGGAGUUUCCUCAUGAGCUGGGCGACUUUGUUAUCCUGCUGAACGCCGGUAUGAGCGUCCCGCAGGCCAUUUUCUUCAACCUGCUGUCGGCGGUGUCGUGUUACAUCGGCCUCGUGCUUGGCAUCCUGCUCGGAAGCAACUUUGCCCCCAACGCAAUCUUUGCCAUCGCGGGAGGAAUGUUUCUGUACAUUGCACUGGCAGACAUGUUUCCAGAGAUGGACAACAUCGCCCGGGAACAGACUCGAACUUCCUCCAAGAUCGUCUUCUUCCUGAUCCAGAACGCCGGGCUGCUCACCGGCUUCGUCAUCAUCCUGCUCAUCACCAUGUUCGCGGGCGACAUCCACCUGGGAUAGAAGAGACACAAACUGCAGUAAAACGUAGUCCUGAGCUGCUUCUGUUUCUGCUCACACAGCCGAGCAGGAAAGUGAAUGUAAAGUGAAUGUUUUGUACGAACAAAACCAAAUGUUGAGGGGAGGAGAAACGCUUUUAUACCUUUGGAAUGUUUACCCCAUAAAAAAAAAAAGGGAAAAAAAUCUUCACAAUCAACAUGUAUGAAAUCUUGUCAGAUUUAUUUUAAGGAGACAAUAAAUUAUUUUUUCAGUCUUCA